AAUACUCCAACUUCCAACCAAUAGUUUAUGAUCUUUCGGACUAAACUAAUACACAAGGCAUUUUGGAACAUUAAAUUCUUUGCCUAACAGGUUCCAUAAAAUCUGAGGAUCUGUCCAGUUGGGGAAGUAAUGGCACGACUUCAAAAAGCGUGGAACGGAAGAUAAAGAAAACCCAGUUUUUCCACUCACACCAAAGAUCAAAUCAAACAAGAGAAAAAGGGUUGGAAAUGGAACGUAAUUUGGAGGAGCUGAGGGAAAGUUUCAGAAGUGGAAGAACAAGGAGUGCCGAGUGGAGGAAAAACCAGCUGAUUUCGCUGAUUCAGUUCAUCCAUGACAAGGAAAGCUCCAUUUUUGAAGCUAUGUAUCAAGAUCUUGGGAAGCAUCCUGUUGAAAUCUAUCGAGAUGAGGUUGGAGUUGUUCUGAAAUCUGCAAAAGAUGCUUUAUGCUGUUUACAGAAAUGGAUGGCCCCUCAAAAGAAAUAUGUGCCAUUACUGUUCUUCCCAGCAAAAGGAGAAGUCUUGUCUGAGCCAUUUGGUUUGGUCCUCAUAAUUUCAUCUUGGAACUUCCCAAUUUCUUUGUCAUUGGAUCCGUUAAUCGGAGCGAUAUCGGCGGGAAACACCGCGGUCCUAAAACCGUCGGAAUAUGCUCCGGCAUGCUCUUCUUUACUGGCUUCAACCCUUCCUCUUUACCUUGACAGUAAAGCCAUCAAGGUUAUGGAGGGGGGAGCUGAUGUUAGUGAACAACUUCUGCUGCACAAGUGGGAUAAAAUCUUCUUCACCGGGAGUCCGAAGGUAGGAAGGAUUGUGAUGUCUGCAGCUGCAAAGCAUUUGACUCCUGUUACUUUAGAGCUUGGGGGAAAAUGCCCUGCAAUCUUCGAUUACUCCUCUGUCCACUCCAAUAUGAAGGUAGCGGUUAAGAGAAUCGUCGGAGGGAAGUGGGGGCCGUGCUCCGGGCAGGCGUGCAUAGGGAUAGAUUAUGUGCUUGUGGAGGAGAAGUUUGCUUCAGAAUUGAUCGAAUCGUUAAAGCGGAUAAUGAAGAAGUUUUACGGCGAAAACUCGAAAAACUCUACGAGCAUUGCCCGAAUUGUUAACGAGCAUCAGGUUGAAAGAAUCAGCAAUCUUCUAAAGGACCCUAAGGUUGCUGCUUCCAUUGUCCAUGGUGGUGGUUCUAUAGACAAACAAAAACUAUUCAUUGAGCCAACUAUAUUGUUGAAUCCUCCGCUCGAUGCUGAUAUCAUGACCGAAGAAAUCUUCGGUCCGCUCUUACCGAUAAUCACGUUGAACAAAAUUGAAGAAAGCAUUGAGUUCAUCAACUCAAGGCCAAAACCUUUGGCUAUCUACGCCUUCACGAGAGACGAAACUCUAAAGAAACGGAUUUUAUUCGAAACCUCGUCCGGGAAUGUCACAUUCAACGACACCAUGGUUCAGUUUUUGUGUGAUUCGCUACCGUUCGGUGGUGUCGGUCAAAGUGGUUUCGGAAGGUACCAUGGCAAGUAUUCUUUCGAUACAUUCAGCCAUGAGAAAGCAGUGUUGCAGAGAAGCUUCUUGCUAGAACUCGAGCCUCGAUAUCCGCCAUGGAACGAUUUCAAGCUUAAGUUCAUCAGAUUGGCAUAUGCAUUUGACUAUUUCGGGCUGUUACUGCUCCUUUUGGGGAUUAAAAAGUAGAAAUUAUAGUAUCUAAACUCAAUAAAUGCCAGAGUUUACUUUUUAAACAAAUUGUUGUUUUAAUCUACAUUACAUGCAUAUGCAUGGCAGCGGUCAUCUCCUCACAAACUCUAUAUCAUUGCUCUAAAAAACUAUAAUCGUUGUCUAUUGGUCCAAA